AUGGAUCAGUUCCACCAUGGCCACCACGUGCGGCUGCGCAGCCCCGUGCGCAGCGCGUACCUGCACGCCGACGAGGACGGCCACGGCGUCUCCCUCGACCACCGCCGGGAUUCGAUGAACGUGGCCUGGGCGGUUCAUCUGGUCGAGGGUGACGACGCGCAUUACCUGCACCUCCACAGCGCCGCCUACGGCCGCUACCUCGCCUCCACGGCCGCGCCGGCGCCGCUCGGCCACCGCGGGCUCCGCGUCGAGCAGCGCAACUACAACCACACGGAUGGGACCGUGCUCGUUUGGCUGGCCGUCCUGUCCGACUCCGGGGACGAGGUCCUGCUCCAGCACUUCAACGGUCACUUCCUCCGCGCCAACGGGAGGUACCUCCCCUGGAACGACGGCGCCAGCGUCGACUACAUUAGCGACAUCCACCGAGUCAGCACUAUGAUGCACUGGGCCGUGGAGCACGUCCCCGCCAGGGAGGCCAUGCCUCCCCUUCCACCUCCGACCGGGCUUCCCUUCCCCGCCGCCAUGGUGCCGUCGCGGGUGAUCACGUACGCGUGGAGGAGCUACCACGGGGACCUCCUCGCCAGCGGCACGAUCGUGUUCAGGGGGAGAUCCGUGUUCCGCCUGAGGGAGGAGCUGGCCGGGCGGCUGGGCCUGGGCGUGGGCCUCCUUGCAAACUUGGGCGCCGACGACAUCGUCAUGUGCCUCCCCACAUGUGAUGCCCGGCUUUUCCCGCUCGUCGUCGACCUGCCCAACAGCCGCUAGAGCCUCCACGUCGCCAUCGCCAUCACCGAGA